AUACGUGGAGGAAAGCUCAUGAUCACAAAUGCCAGGAAGAGUGACGCCGGGAAGUACGUUUGCGUCGGCACAAACAUGGUCGGAGAACGAGAAAGUGAAAUAGCAGAACUUACAGUGCUUGAGCGUCCCAGCUUUGUGCGUCGCCCAGGCAGCCAGGUGGUAUUAGUGGACCAAAGUGUGGAGUUCAGGUGCGAGGCCCGAGGUGACCCAGUUCCCACCGUUCGCUGGAGGAAAGAUGAUGGUGACCUACCUAAAGGAAGAUAUGAGAUCCGUGAAGACCACACCUUGAAGAUCCGUCGUCUAACCUCGGCAGAUGUGGGCUCCUACAGCUGUGUGGCAGAGAACAUGGUCGGCAAGGCGGAGGCAUCGGCCACGCUCACCGUCCACGUCGUGUCUGUGCCCCCAGCAUUUGUGGUGAGACCAAGGAACCAGGUGGUUGGCGUUGGCAGAACUGUCACCUUCCAGUGCGAAGCCACUGGAAACCCACAGCCAGCCAUUUUUUGGCAGCAGGAAGGCAGCCAGAACCUGCUCUUCUCCUACCAGCCUCCUCAGCCCUCCAGCCGGUUGUCUGUAUCUCAGACUGGGGACCUGACCAUCACUGAUGCUGAACGCUCAGACAUGGGAUACUACAGUUGUCAGGCCCUCAACAUAGCAGGCAGUGUCAUCACAAAGGCUCUGCUAGAGGUCACUGAUGGUAAGCACAUUUUUUUAAGACACAGUGUCUGCAUGGAGAAAAGCCUCAGGGGGAAUUAGAGGAACACUGCAAGGACGCUUGAUUGGAUAAAUGUUGGUAUAUCAGAUAAUCUUUGGCUCAUGAGGAUAAUUCUGUUCAUCUGAAAGGCUGUGGUCGCGCUGCAGAGCGUAUUAAUAUCAAAAUGGAUGUUUGGUCUGGACUGUUCAAUGUGUUCCUGUCAGAGGUAGAGACUCUCUGGUGCCUGUGCACCCAGACCGUGGCUCAGGAUUGGUAUUCCAUGGCUUGCUUGCUGCUGUCUACCGUUGAAGACUGUGGCUGUGUGGUGAGGUCUGGAUUGGGUCCUCUAAUUACUCUGCUAGCCAAUCCCCCGUCAGCCUGGUGGACCAACCUUGGAUUCAUUUCUAGCAUUCCCACAGAGAUUUGGCCGGUUAUUAUUUCUUCUCCGACACACCUAGAUUCAUCCCUUCAUUUACAAAAUGUCCUUCUUCAUUUCAGGCCUACAAUGGUGUGCUCCAUGCCUCUAUCCGCUUCUCUCUCUCCGGUUCUGUCAUGCUCUCUGGAUAAUAAUAACAGUUAUUAAAGUGAGCAGGCUGCUCCGAGGCCACCACUUCUCUGCAGGCAGAUCUGGUAAUUACAGGUCAUGCUGACAAUGUUUUAGUAAUUGCACCAUCUCUUGCACAAAAGCAAAGACAAAGCGUUCCAGAGAUUACAUUGGUGUGUGCUUCUGAGGAUCCAUGCACAUGUACAUACAUCAUUAUGUGUUGCCUUUACUCUUUGAUAGCUAUUAAUGUCAUUGCUCCUCACUGAGUGGAAGAUGCUAGUAAAUCAGUGAGGCAGACAG